UACUCAAACCCGCCUUUAUUUGCCAUUCUAAGCUGCUUUAGCCGCUGUGAAGAGGGCGACGGGAAAAAUUUGCAGCGGCUAAAACAGCUUAGAAUGACAAAUAAAGGCGGGGUUGAGCAGCAGCAACGUCAAACUACUGUUUUAUUUUUAAAUCAGAAUAUUUAUUUCAACGAUUUUUUCGCUCAUACAAACUCUGUAAUAAACCUACUGAACCUACACACUCGCCGUGAGCCUAGGCUACCUGUGGUUUGAUAAGGGAAGGUCAACUAGGAGGCGUCCGUAUAAAAUUACAAGGGUCUGAUUACAAAGCGCUCAUAGAGUAGCGAUAAUCCCAGUACAGUCGUAGAACACCGUAUAGCAGAUAACACAUUUUAUCUUAUCUCACAAAUGACAAAAAUACCCUUUGCAAAUAUAACUAUGGAAGCCGAAUCACAGCGGACAGCUUGCACGUUUGACGAUAUCUUCAAGCACGUCAACUCGUUCGGAAGAUACCCACAAAUGAUGUACUUUGCGUUUAGCUUUGGAUUUAUUUUUACCAUGGAGGGCCAGUUUAGCGGACUGGUAUUUCUUAUGGGGACACCCCGGUUCCACUGUGCCACGCCCAACAUCACUUGCUCUCCAAAUACGUGCUGCAACAACUGCACGGAAUACGAGUUUGAUGGGCCGAUGAGAACUACGGUAUCUGAGUGGAGCCUAAUUUGUGGCCGAGCAUACCUGGGCACUGUUCUGCAGGCGUGUGAUUUCUCGGGGAUGGUUCUGGGAUCGUUAAUAAGUGGUAAUUUAUCUGACCGUCUGGGAAGAAAAAAGUGGUGUCUGUACAGCGCUAUUAUUUUGCUCAUUAGCAGCACGUCUUCUUCAUUUGUGGAUUGCCCAUCGUUCUUCGCGUUCUUGCGGUUUGUAGUGGGUAUGUCUACGAUAAGUCUCGCAUUGGCUCAGUACACCUACUGCCUCGAGGCAGUCGGGCCUGAAUGGCGCACGAUGGCGGGAUCCGCUCAGGGCUUCUUCUGGAAUGGUAACAGCGUCCUUGCCGUACUAGCAGCCUACCUAGUACGGUACUGGAGAAACUUAAUCCUUGUCUACAGUACUGCUUUGUUGCCGAUCCUGUUUGCUUGGAAAUGGAUCCCCGAGUCCCCUCGCUGGCUGGUUGCCCAUGGCUACGUGGACGAGGCGUAUUCCGUCAUCAUGAAGUAUGGACCCAAGAAAGGAAAAGAAUCCGUGGACUCAGCCGCUUUGAGGGACUUGAUACAGAACAUCCACCAGGAUCAGAUAAAGGAAGAGAAAGAGGCGAAGAUUUAUAACUAUAUGGAUUUGCUACGUGGAAGAAAGCUAAGGAAAUGGUCGUGCAUACUCUUUUAUCAAUGGUUCAGUGUUGCCCUGGUCACGUUUGGAAUGUACUUGUUUGUGGAGCAGCUUGCAGGAAAUUUAUUCGUCAACUACACCAUCAUGAGGACUGUCACCACACUGCGUGUUUUCAUCAACUGGAUUGUGUACGGAAAGUUCGGGCGGCGAUUUAGCCACGGCGUUUUCCAAGUCAUGACUGGUCUUAUUCUUCUCCUUAUUCUUGCUGUUUACAAAGACUACCCAAAAGUGACGACCGGUUUGGGAUUAGCUGGAUCAAUUUUGAGUGCAAACUGGAGUGGUCUUUACCUCAUCACAUCUGAAAUAUACCCAACCGUAAUAAGGAACUCGGGGCUAAGUGCGGGGUCUACGGUCGCUCGAAUCGGCGCUGUGCUUUCUCCCUUCAUUGUUAUGACUGGUCGUCUUCCGGGCUUGAGUACGGCUUUUCCGGUUUCCAUAUUUGGCACCAUGGCAGUUACCGCUGGCCUUUCGACGUAUCUGCUUCCAGAGACGCUGUUCUUAAAGAUGUGCCAGACGAUAAAAGAGACCGAAGUCGCUCAAGAGUAUUAUGGGCUACCUUGCUGGGGGAAAUCGCGGGAUACAGAUGAGCGGGCUCAAGCAGAAAUAGAAGGAAAAGAAGAGAUAACAAGGCUUUAGACAAAUAGAGAUAUAGUAUUCAGACAAUUUAUAGAUUAUUUUUUAGGUGAGGGGGUCCCGGACCAAAGUCGAACUUUUAUACUAUCGCUAUAAUGUCUUAGAAAGGGUUCCGGGAGGAGUUGUCUCGCUCAGGGAGGUGUUCCUACUUUUACAGACACCUCUCCUGUAUGGUAGGUCAUAGGUAAAGCUUAACGCACUUGUCGUGUUGUUAAUUAUCCUAAUGAAAAGCAGUAAUUUUUAAUAUGGCGUCGCAGACGGCGUGGUUCCUGGGGGGCCAUGCGCCCGUUUUUGCGCUCGCCCCAGGAACCACGCGGCUCAAAAUACAAGAUGGCGCCCGAUCACUGUUCAGAGAUCAGAAAUAAAAAAAUCAGAGAUAAAAAAUCUAACCUUUAGUGUAAUAAAUCAUGAGUUAUGAACCUA